GCGUGGAUUCGAUUGGGGUAGAAACAGCGCCAUCUAAUGGCGCUGUUCAGAAGGUUCUUUUACCGGAAGCCCCCAGAUCGACUUUUGGAGAUCUCUGAUAGAGUCUAUGUUUUUGAUUGCUGCUUCUCAACGGAUGCGUUGGAUGAAGAUGAGUAUAAGGAUUAUAUGGGGGGGAUUGUAGCUCAGCUACAAGAUUACUUUCCAGAUGCUUCCUUCACUGUGUUUAACUUCAAAGAAGGAGAUGGGCGCACUAAGAUUUCAGACAUACUAACAGAGUAUGGCAUGACAGUGAUGGAAUACCCUCAGGAAUUUGAGAGCUGUCCACUUUUGCCAUUAGAGGUGAUUCAUCACUUCCUUCGAUCAAGUGAAAGCUGGUUGUCUGUGGUGGGGCAAAGAAAUGUGCUUUUGAUGCAUUGUGAAAGGGGUGGCUGGCCAGUGCUUGCAUUUAUGCUAGCAAGUCUUCUUUUGUACCGAAAACAAUACAAUGGUGAGCAGAAGACUCUUGAAAUGGUAUACAAGCAAGCUCCUAGAGAGCUUCUUUACUUUUUAUCUACUAUAAACCCACAACCUUCUCAGUUGAGAUAUCUUCAAUAUAUUUCCAUGAGAAAUUUGGGUUUUAGGUGGCCUCCAUCAGACACACCCUUGCAUUUGGAUUGUCUAAUUCUCAGAGACCUUCCCUUAUUUGAUGAUGGUAAAGGUUGUCGCCCUUUUGUACGUGUUUAUGGUCAGGAUCCUUCUUCAACACCUUCCAAUGCAAAUGGUUCUAAGCUUCUCUUUCCAAUAAAGACAGAAAAAUAUGUUCGUCACUACCAACAGGCAGAAUGUUUGCUCGUGAAAUUAGACAUCCAUUGUCGGGUUCAAGGGGAUACUGUUCUUGAGUGCAUACAUUUGUAUGACGAUCUCAUUCAUGAGGGGAUUAUGUUUAGAGUUAUGUUUCAUACAUCCUUUGUACGGUCAAAUAUUUUGAUGCUCAAUCGUGAAGAACUUGAUAUUCCAUGGGAUGCAAAGGAUAAUUUCCCUAAGGAUUUUAAAGCAGAGGUACUUUUUUUGGACAAUGAUGCUGUUAUACCUGAUAUAACCACAAUUGAUGAUGCUGAGGAUCCAAAUAAGGCAGGGUAUGCAUCACCUGAGGAAUUCUAUGAGGUGGAGGAGAUCUUUAGCAAUGUAGUUGAUGCGCGGGAAGGUAAGGGGGAAUAUGAUUCUCCUGUGGUUCAUGACAAUCCAGUUGAUGGUAGAAAUCAUAAAACGGUAUGGAAAGAGAAUUUGGAUCCUUAUACUUUCCAGGAUUGCUCAUCAAAUGAUGGGAUUCAUAAACAAGAUGGAAGGACAGAUUAUGUUAUUCAAGCGAUAAAAGAUAUUGUUGUUGAUGAUGUGAAGUACAAGGCUGAUGGGAGCUUAGAUUCAGAUCCUUAUGCAGUGAAAGAUAUUGUUGUAGAUGAUGGACAAAUUAAGUCAACUUCUAUGGUAAAUUGUACUGGUAUAAUGCAUAAUGUUGAAGCAAAGGAAGUCACUACGGAUUUGCAUGGACAAUAUGCAGAUGCAGGAAACAAAUAUGAGGAAGAUAACCAAGCAAUAGAAAUUAAAUUAGAUUCCAAGGCAGGGCAGCAAAAAAAUGAUCUUUCCAGACAGAAAGCUGACAAGUUACUUCCACCUACUGCAAGAAAACAACUGCUACCAAACUCAAAGUUAAUAGGAAAUACAUUAGCAGGAAAGCAAAAGAUUAAAUUACAAGAACAAGGUGGACAAGCAAAAAUAGCAAAACCAAAUGCAAUAACUAGGUGGAUUCCCUCUAGCAAAACUUAUUAUGCAAAUUCAAUGCAUGUCUUGUAUCCGAGAUUAAAUAUUGCUCUUGCAAAUUCUAACUCUCGAAAGGAGAAAAGUGCAGAUGCCAACAUGAAAAAUAAACAGAAAAUUCGGAAGCAAAGAUCUUUAGACUGCAUAAAUCGCUCAUCAUCAAAUAAACUAAAGGUUCAUAAGCUGGCCACUUCAAGAUCUUCAGAUCGUCUGGUGGAAAUGGACACAGAAUGCUUGUUACCUUCAAUUGAAGAGGCAUGCCUUCGAUUAGCAACUGAAGCAUUAGAAAUGAACUCAAACCAAGGUCCAGCAAUUCCUCUUCCCCUGCCUCCACUACUACCUUCAUUUCAUGUUAAAAACUCUUCUUUACAGGUUUUUAAAUCCUUAUCAUUAGAAGAGGAUGCACCCCCUCCAUCUCCCUUAUUAUUGCCAUCUUCCUCUUUGGCUGCAAAUGCAUCUAUUCAACUACUGCUACCAGCAACAAAUUUAUCAUCAUCAAGUGGAGAAUACAUUGAGAUGGAUAUAUCACAUGUGACUUCCCCUUCAUGUCCUCCACCUCCACCACCUCUUCCAUCUUUACCAUCAUGGAAAACUAUAUGGGGUUUCUCAUCUCCUCCACAUCGACAAGAGGCUGUUUAUUCAUCUAUUGUUGUUGAUGGAAAGGGUAAUGAUGGCCCACCUUUUCUAGUUGUUCCACCCCUGCUUGAAAGUGAAACAUUACCAUCAAAACUUUCAACAGUACAAGCUCCCCCUCCUCCCCCUCUUACUUCUUCCAUACUUAAAGCUCCAUCCUUACCACCAUCACUCUUAAAUGCAUCACAUAUAGCAUUACUUCACAUUCCUAAUUCAUGUAGAUCUCUACAAGCUCCACCUCCACCACCACCUCCACCUCCACCUCCACAUUCCUUAAGUAAGUCUUUACUUUCAUCUCGUUGGGCUUCUUAUAAAGCUUUUCCAACUCCAACCCCUCCUUCAUCACCACCAACUUUACCUAAUUUGGCCUCUUAUACAACUUUUUCGUCUCUACCCCCACGUCAUGUUAGUAAUGCUCUACCACCAUCUUCACCUCUACCGGCUUCAAGUAAUGCUCCAUUACCACCUCAACCUUCAUCUCCUUCAAUACCUUUUCCAACCUUACCUUUACCUUCUUCAAGCAACGUUCUAUCACCACUACUUAAGCCUUUGAAGGAUGCUUUGCCACCCCUUUCAUCAACCCCACCUUCACCUUCUUCAAGUGAUGCUUUACUACCCCUUUUGUCAACCCUACCUUCACCUCCUUCCAAUGAUAUUCUACCUCGUUUGACUUCCUAUAAAGCUUUUACUUCUCCACUUCCACGUCAGUUUAGUAAUGCUUUAUUAUUGCCUUCACAACUAACCUUGUUAAGAGUAGCAUCCCCUUCACCCACCCCACAUGAAGCCCCUCAACAACAACCACCUUUAAUGCUUGGAGUUUCAUCUCCCUUGCCUUUAUCAUUUCACAAGACACUGCUGUUAGCUCCACCUCCACCUCUACCACUGCCCUUACUUUUACCAUUAUCACCUUCUUCAUGUAAAGUCAUUCCACCACUAACUCAUCCAAUUUUAGCCUUACCAGACUUACCUCCUUGUAGAGACCCACCACUACCAUCUCAACCUCCACCGCUUUCUAUUGUUAAAGAUCUACAGCCACCUUCACCUUCUCCUAAUAUCAAAAGCCUACCUACACCUCCAUCUUCUCACAAUAUCAAAAGCCUACCUGUACCUCUACCUCAUCUUAGUAGACAAGUUUUGUAUCCAUUUUUCCCUCUAAAUAAACAAGGUCUACCCCCACCCCCACCCCCACCUCCACCUCCUCUUAGUAGACAAGGCUCACCUUUACUUUUGCCUCUUAAUAAACAAGGUACAUCCGUACCUCCACCUCCUCUUAGUAAAAAAAGCCUUCCUCCCCCUCCUUCUAGCAAAGAAGGCCCUCUUCCCCUUUCUCUAUCUCAUAAUGAACAAGUCCUUUUCAUACCUUCACUACCUCCUCCUCUAAGUGAACAAGGCUGUCCUCCACCUCUACCUCCACCUCCUCCUUCUCUAAGUGACCAUGGCCCUCCUUCACCCCUUCUUUCUCCAAGUGAACAAGGUCCUCCACCUUUACCUCCUUUAGUUAAACUAAGCCCUCCUUUACCUUCUUUAGGCGGACAAAGCCUACCUCCUCUUUCACCUUUUCCAAGUAAACAAGGCCCUCCUCCACCUCCACCUUUGCCUCCCUUAAGUGGACAAGGUUAUCCGCUGCCUCCGGCUCCUCUUCCUCUAGGUCGACAAGGCCCUCCUCCACCUCCACCUCUUCCAAGUGGACCAGGUCCUCCUCUACCCCCGCCUCCUCUAGGCCGACAAGGCCCUCCUCCACCUCCAGUAAGCAAACAAGGCCCUUCUUUGCCUCAACCUUCAGUAAGUGGGAAAGGCCCACCUCCACCCCCACUUCCUAAUAGUAGACAAGGCCCCCCACCACCUCCUCCUCCUAAAGCACAGGCUCCCGGUGCACCCACUCCUCCUGGUCCUCCAAGGGGUACACCUCCACCACCUGGAGGUGGUCUAAGUGGGAGAGGGCGUGGUCUUUCACAUCUUUCUGGAUCAACUCCUCGACGGUCCUCUUUAAAGCCUUUAUAUUGGGGUAAAGUGUCAAAGGCAUUGCAAGGAAGUUUAUGGGAGGAAUUACAGAAAUGUGGACAGACUCAAGUUGCACCAGAAUUUGAUGUUUCAGAGAUAGAGACCCUUUUCUCUGCAAUUGUUCCAAAAACGGCUGAUAAGUCUGUCGGGCGUUGUAAAUCUGUUGGAUCUAAAUCUGACAAAGUCCAUUUGAUUGAACUGAAGAGGGCCAAUAAUGUUGAAAUUAUGCUCACAAAGAUUAAGAUGCCACUUUCUGAAAUGAUGGCUGCAAUUCUAACUUUGGAUGAUACAGUAUUAGAUGUUGAUCAGGUUGAAAGUCUAUCUAAGUACUGUCCCACCAAAGAGGAGAUGGAACUUUUGAAGGGAUAUACUGGUGACUACGAGAAUUUGGGAAGGUGUGAACAGUAUUUUUUGGAGCAUAUGAAAGUUCCACGGGUGGAAGCAAAAUUAGGAGUCUUUUCUUUCAAGAUUCAGUUUAAUCAUCAGAUUGUAGAAUUUAAGAAAAGUUUAAACACUGUGAACACUGCCUGUGAAGAGGUCCGAAACUCUGACAAACUGAAGAAUAUUAUGCAGAAAAUUCUAUAUUUGGGGAAUACUCUGAAUCAAGGAACAGCUAGGGGAUCUGCUGUUGGAUUCAAGUUGGAUAGUCUUUUAAAGCUCACUGAGACUCGCGCUUCUAGUGGUAGGAUGACACUAAUGCAUUAUCUAUGUAAGGUCUUGGCUGAAAAGUCUCCUGCACUCCUUGAUUUUCACUUGGACCUUGUUAGCAUGGAAGUUGCUAGUAAGAUCCAAUUGAAAGCAUUGGCAGAAGAGAUGGCGGCAAUUAACAAGGGAUUACGAAAAGUUAAACAGGAGCUUGCUGCAUCUGAAAACGAUGGCCCUGCAUCUGAAAGUUUCAGAAAUACACUGAGAGAUUUUAUUGAAGGUGCUGAGUUAGAGGAGGCAUCUGUAACAGCCCUAUAUUCUGCGGCGGGUAAAAAUGCAGAUGAUCUUGCAAGAUAUUUCAAUGAGGACCCUGCUCGUUACCCAUUUGAACAAGUAACUGCUACUCUAUUGAACUUCAUACGGUUGUUUCGGAAAGCACACGAAGAGAACAUAAAACAAGCAGAGUUGGAGAAGAAGAGAGCUGAGAAAGAGGCUGAAGAGAAGGCUAAGGCCGCUGCUGCAUCAUCGUCAUCAUCUAAAGAAGUUUUGUAGCAUUGAGCAUUUCUCGUAUUGCACUGUACAAAGCUCUAACCUAUCUUUCUUUCUUCGCCAGGAUAACGGAUUUCUUUCUCUGUUAACAUAGAAAUUAGUUUCUUUUGCUUCCAUAGAUAGGACACACCAUCAUGGAGAUGUUGUAUAGGUGACAGACAGACAGACAGGUCAGCAGGACUUAGAAAUUAGGCACUGUAAUUUGUAUUUGUAACUGUAAUACAAGUGAAGAGCUGGCUCAAUUAGAAAUGCCAGUUUUAUUUAUAUUCUCACCCAUACGUAUUAAUCAAAGCUGUAAAAGGUUAUUUUCUUGUUCCAUUCAAUUAAUGGUGCAAAAUUUA